UCAGUAUACAAAGAGGAGAGCUGGGAAACUAACAAACUAUAUAAGUAUUAAACCAAGAUGCAGAAAGUUAAGAAGGCAAUGGAGAACCAGAAGCGUUUUGUGCUCGGCCAUGGGAUCUGCCACGGCGCAUGGAGCUGGUACAAGGUGAAAACACUGCUAGAAGCUGCAGGGCACUGUGUAUCUGCUAUUGAUCUGUCAGCAUCGGGAAUCAACACGACCAGAGUGGAAGAGAUUCAGACGUUGAAGGACUAUUCCAAGCCAUUGUUAGACUUUAUGGACUCAUUUCCCUCAGACAAGAAGACAAUUCUUGUCGCACAUAGCCUGGGAGGAGUACCGGCUGCUCUCGCUGCCGACAUCUUCCCUUGUAAGACCGCUGCUAUUGUGUUCUUGACAUCUGCAAUGCCUGACACCAAAAACCCACCUGCUUACGUUGUCGAAAAGGUACAUCAACAGAUCAACUUACUCGGUACAAUAUCUUGAAAUGACUAUGAUAUAUGAGUGAAAUGUACAGUUGGUCGCAAGCAUUCCACCAGAAGAGUUCUUGGACACAGUGUUUGGAUGUUAUGGAGCACCUGAUUGUCCUCUAGAGACUAGUCUUCUUGGACCAAGGUUCUUAACCAAGAAAUGUUAUCAGUUGUCUCCGGUUGAAGUAAGACUUCAAACCAAAUGAAACCUCUAUUUUUAAAGCUCGAAAUGUACUAUAUAAAUUGUUGAAUGCUGUCACUGGUUAGGAUCUUGAACUGGCGAAAAUGUUGGUGAGGGUAAACCCUUUAGUUACAAAUAAUCUGGCAGGGACACGAAGCUUCAGUGAGGAAGGGUAUGGAUCGAUUCCACGUAUCUAUAUAAUAUGCGAAGAGGAUAAUAUAAUACCUAAGGAAUAUCAGCACUGGAUAAUCAGCAACUUCCCGCCAAAAGAAGUAAUAAAAAUCAAAGACGCUGAUCAUAUGCCAAUGAACUCCAAACCCCAAGAACUCUGUGCUCGUCUCUUGAAGAUCGCACAUACGUAUGCAUGAAUAAACCUCAGCAAAGCAAUUAUAAACUUCAGCUUCCACUACAACGACAAGCCAUAAGAGAACACAGCAUGUAUGAAAGUUAAGAAAGUGAUAAUAUUCAUUAGAAAAAAAAAGACUUUUGCAACAACCUCUUGCAGAAUAAAAGUUAUUUUUUCUGCCAUGGAGCUAUUCCAAUGUACCACACAUAGACUUCUAUAGCCAGAAACAUGCUUGAUACACACAGAUUAACCAACAUAAAGAUUCAUACACAAUCAUACUAACGGGAACUAACUUGACAGCCAGGUAAAGAAACAAUCAAAAGCCUAUAACUUUUCAGCAUCUAUCAUUAAAGAAGUGCAAGAACUGAGAGAAACAUUAAUCUAGGCUACCAAGACACUGAAAACAUUAAUCUUAUUCAAAAAAAAAAAGACACUGUAAAUAAGUAUACUAAAUCUAAAGCAGGUGAACUUGAGAAUCCGGGUAAAGAGUCCAUUUGAUACUGUAAUUCACUAGCUUUUUAUCGUUUCGUAUACAAAUAUAAUUGACUUUUCUACUACCAUAUGUUGUGUUCAAAGUGGACAAAACCAUUUCAGAGUAAUGUCAAUGGAGAAUAGUAUCCAGCACACUUAGUGGUAGAUCAUAUAACCGUGUUCUGCAAGCCGCAGUUACUAAGUGACCGUCUCUUGAAAGUCGCAUACAAAAUCACUUCAACUAGAUUUUAUUGAAAAUAUGUAUUUGGAUUAGGUACAAUUUAAGUAACUCUAAAUGUCAAGACUUUAUUGCUUUCUGUAGUUGAAAUAGUAAAAUAAAUAAAAACUAACUGUCUAUGAUAUAACAAACUAAGUCCCACAUUGGAGAAUUAGACAAGGAGUGUCUAAUAUAUAAAGAGAUGUCCAACUCUAAUAGUACGAGGCCUUUUGGGAUGUAAACCAAAAGUAAAUCCAUGCGGGCUUGCCAAUUAGGCCCAAAGUGGACAAUAUCGUACUAAUAAGAUAAGAUAGAGUUGGACACGGGAUUUCGCAAUCCCAACAAUUGAUAUCAGACCGGUUGACGAGAAAUCUGCAAGAAAGACCGAAAUACCCUUUGAGUGAUGAAUGGGUAUCCUAUGAGUUAGGAAUGAGAGGUGUGUGGCAGAUAUCGAGUCAGAAGAUCCUGGAAGUCAAUUGUGGGACACGAGAUGAAUGUGAUCCUUAGUUUGAAGGGGAGAAUAUGAUAAAACAAACUAAGUCCCACAUUGGAGAAUUAGACAAGGAGUGUCUAAUAUAUAAAGAGAUGUCCAACUCUAAUAGUACGAGGCCUUUUGGGAUGUAAACCAAAAGUAAAUCCAUGCGGGCUUGCCAAUUAGGCCCAAAGUGGACAAUAUCGUACUAAUCGGAUAAUAUAGAGUUGGACACGGGAUUUUACAAUCCCAACACUGUCAAUGUAGUGUUAUGAAUCUCAGAAAAUGACCAGAAACUAACAGUCAAUAAACUAAACAUCAGUAUAAGUGUUGAAGCAUAAUGCUGGAAGUAAAAAAAGGCAAUGGAGAAGAACCAGAAGCGGUUUGUGCUUGUCCAUGGGCUCUGCCACGGCAUGUGGACUUGUUACAAGGUAAAAGCGCAGCUGGAGGCAGCCUCCAGGAGGCUGCAGGUCACAACGUUUCCGUUUCCGCAGUGGAUUUGGCUGCAUCAGGUAUAAACAUGACCCCUUAGGAAGAGAUUGAGACUUUAAAGGAUUACUGCAAACCGUUGCUUGAGCUUGUGAGCUCUCUUUGCUCAGACAAGGUUAUUCUUGUUGCUCAUAGCAUGGGAGGAAUAUCCGCAGCUUUUGCAGGUGACAUCUUCCCACAUACGAUUGCUGCUUUUGUUUACUUGACAGCUUUCAUGCCUGACAAAGAAACCCACUUGCUUAUUAUGUUUUACAAAAGGUAAAUGAUUUGAUUGCACUGUCUGAUCUCUUCCAAGUGAUUCUCUGAGCUAUGGGAAACCUGAUCGCUCUUUAGAGUUUUCUCUUUUGGGAACAAAGUUCAUGGCCAUGUAUUUCCAUCAGCUCUCUCCCCCAGAGGUAUGACUCCAAGCUUACUAUAAAUCUCUACUUCAACUCCCAAAAGGACUGCUAGUAAACACUGUUAAUCUUUUCUUGAUUGUUGCUUGCUUGUUAGGAUCUUGUGUAGAGGACCUUUAGUGAGCAAGGUUACGGAUCCGUCACAUUUAUAUAUAUUAUAUGCGGAGAGGACCUUGCAGUACCUGAGGAUUACCAGCGUUGGAUGAUCAGCAGAUAAUAUGGCUAUGUUCUCCAAGCCUCAAGAAUUUUGUUCUCUUCUCUUGGAGGUUGCGGAUAAAUAAUACCUUAAACAAAACUGUAAUCAUCACUGUGAAUAAGUAGGAACUUUAGCUUCCACUGCUCAGCAAGGAAACAAAA